AUGGCCGCUUCCGAACCUUUCGCGUUCAUCUCCAAGGAGCAUCAUCCGCGCUUGACGGACACCCUCGAGCGAGCGUUCUCUGGCAAAGGUCUGAGCCUCUAUGUGCAGCUCCUCCAAGCUCUUCGCAAACAGAACCCGGAGCUUGUCGUCACCCCCACAACAUCCCGUAACUGUCCUCUGCUUGCAUUCGCCGCGGCGGGACAUGCUACUGCUGAGCUUGACAUCGACACCGAAGAUGUCUUCAGGUAUCGAGGAUACUUGCCUCCGGAGCACCGCGGCGGCUCAGGCCACCUCGCCGAAGCAAUAUCUUUUGCCAAGUACCACUACCGCUGGAACGAUGAAGACUUCAUUCUCUACAUGGCCCCUCCAUUGCAGUUCGUCUUGAAGGAGCCACGCGACGGCGAGACCGCCCAGUCGCACUCUGUGAUCACGGAUGCUCUGAUCAUGGCAGUGGGCAGCUGGCUCACUGCAGAGAUUCCAGCAAUCUAUGUUUACGACUAUUACUGGACCAGAAGCCGUGAGCUGUACGAGCAGGUGAUGAAGACAUCUUGGAAGGAUGUCAUUCUGGACGAACGCAUGAAGAAAGAGCUUCCGGAGGUUGCUGGGAAAUUCUUCGACAGCAAAGACGUCUACGACGAGUACGGCGUGCCGUGGAAACGAGGUCUUAUUUUCCACGGACCCGUCGGGAAUGGCAAGACGAUUUCGAUCAAGGCACUGAUGCAUACCUUGUACGAGCGGAAGCCGCAGAUUCCGUGCCUCUACGUCAAGUCGGCACCCUCCACCUAUGCAAUCAGAGAUGUCUUCACAAUGGCCCGAUCAAUGUCUCCAUGCAUGCUCAUCCUGGAGGACAUUGAGACAAUUGUCACGCCCUACACUCGGAGCUAUUUCUUCAACGAAGUAGAUGGCCUCGAGAACAACGACGGCAUUCUCAUGGUAGCAAGCACCAACUAUUUGGACCGGCUGGAUCCAGGUCUUUCCAAGAGACCAAGCCGCUUCGACAGGAAGUACUUGUUCCCUCUGCCGUGGAUUGAUGAGAGGAUCGCCUACUGUGAGUUCUGGCGCCACAAGCUGGAGCACAAGGAUUCGAUCGACUUCCCACAGUUGCUCAGUCAACCCAUCGCCAAGAUCAUGGAGGGCUUCUCGUUCGCGUAUAUGCAGGAGGCCUUCGUCGCCACCCUUCUUGCCCUUGCGAGGGACCAUACGAGCAUCGUAGAGGACGACGACGGUCACGACGGCAGUAGCGACGGCGGCUCUGAUGAUGAUGAUGAUGACCUCGACCAGUACGAGUUCUGGCGAGUCAUGGUUGAACAAGUCAAGAUCCUUCGGGAAGAUAUGGGCGGCAGAAACUCUGUAUCUCACGGUUUACCCAACACGUCCACAAAUGAGGCCUAUCUGGGCCUCGAUGAGACAACUCCGCUCAUGUCGGCCGUAGGCGCGCUCAAUGACCUUGAUCUCGGCGCGGCUGCAGGUGUUGAAAGCAGGGAGCAGCAGACGUUAGCCCGCGUGCAACGCUUCAGCGGCACGGCGAAGGAAACGGCAACUUUUGACUCAGACGGCAGCCUUGGUUCUCUGGGAUUGGGCGCCCUGCCUGACUUGACAGGCUAUGGUGGACAGAACUCGGGCGUAGGUCUUGCGGGCAACGUGCGGCGUGUGCCGGAUCUGAGGAGCUUCAGUGCUGUGAACAGAGAUCGUCAGGCCGCUCUUGGUUACUUCAGCGCGGGUAUUGAAGGACCGCAGUGGUUCGGCACGCACGGUGUGGGAGUCACCGUCUUAGAUGCGGUCCCGGUCGGCCUUGGUGGAGAUCAAUUGCACCCAGGCGGCAAGGCUGAUUCUGGGAAGCAAUUGUAG